AUGCAGCCCCACGGUGCUAUCGCUUGCCUUCUGGCCUACGCUGCCGCAGCUGUCAUAGCGAAGCCUGUCGCUCAUAGCGAUGUCACGUCGGCAUUCUCGGGUGCAACGACUUCGGCCGUUAGCGCCCCCUCGCCCACCACCUUCACGGUUGGCACUAUUACCUCGGUCAUCGACGGCGCGACCACGUCCGUUAUCACUGGCGCGAUCACGUCUGUUAUCACUGGCCCUACCACGUCCAUCAUCGACGGCUCUACGACCUCAGCCAUCGUCGCGGCCCCAGUGCCUACGGCCACAACCUAUGUUGAUGGCGCGACCACCUCGGUCGUCGACGGUGCCACAACUUCGAUCAUCGUCGGCCCUACAACGUCCGUCAUUACUUGCCCGACCACCUCUAUCAUCAGUGGUGCAACGACCUCAGUCAUUGACGGCUCGACCACCUCGGCUAUCGUCGCGCAGCCUGUGCCUACUGCCACGACCUAUGCCAACGGUGCGACCACCUCGGUGAUCGACGGCUCGACCACUUCCGUCAUCAACGACGCGGCCACUUCCAUAAUCGACGGCGCGACUACAUCUGUCAUCGACGGCUCGACAACCUCCGUCCUUGUUGCACCCCAGGCGGCUACCAGCGGCUUCGCCAUCACGUCCGUCAUUGGUGCUAGCACUGUCACUUCCGCUGUCGGCGUGUCGGCCACCACAGUUGUUGUCUGA